AUGGGUUCUGGAAGAAACUUUAUUUUUCUGAUCAUCUAUUAUUCUUACUCUUCCCAGAACCCUGCAGUGAAUGGAUUCAGGAAGAGAUCCCCCGAAUUCCAAUCCAAAUGGAAGGAGGCAAUGGCGCAUUAUGAGAAUUGCACGAUCUACAAGGAUCCCAUGUUCAAUAAAUUGAAAAAUCUCUUCGACCCAAAGAAGCCAGAGGAGCUCCCCCAGAAAGUUGCCAUGAGGGCGAGAAAGUUGGAGAGCCCUGGAAGCUGCAAAGAAGGAGUGGGACAGAAGGAAGGAGCAAUUGCUCGCCGAGUUUUUGAGCCAGUUGGAAAAGAGGAUGGAGAGCCAGCAGCCAAAACUUCGAGAGUCGCCAAUGGAGAGGAAGCAGAAUAA